CUGACGCCAGGCGGGAAGGCAGCCCAGGCUGGUGUUGGAGUGGGCGACUGGGUGCUGUACAUUGACGGGGAGAGCACCAGCUCCAUGACGCACAUCGAGGCUCAGAACAGGAUCCGUGCCUGUGGGGACAGGCUCUGCCUCACCCUGAGCAGAGCCCAGAACCACCUGGGGAAGCCGCAGAAGGACUCACUCCCCUGCUCUGAACCCCUGAAAUAUAACUUCGCUCCCAGCACCGCCCUCAACAAAACAGCUCGGCCCUUCGGGGCCAGCUCGCCUCCGAACCCA